AUGUCUAGAUUGUUCUCUAGUAAAAUUCAGGAGAUGGAUCGUCCACGUCGUAGCACUAGGUCGACAUACACGGCUCCUGCAGCUCGUGGUCGCGGUCAAGCCAUUCCUGCAGCUCAUGGUCGCGGACAGGCCACUCUUGCAGCUCGUGUUCGCGGGCAGGCCACUCUUGCAGCUCGCGGUCGCGGACAGGCCGCUCCUGAAGCUCAUGGUCGCGGUCGGGCCGCUCCUUUACCUCGUGGCCGUGGUAGCACUAAUGUAGUGGGCCGUGGCCGAGGUGGUGUUGUUGAACCCGAAGUUGAUGUUAUUGCAGUUGAAACACAAAAUGAUGAAGAUCCAGUUGACCCCGUUGAGGAUCCAAUUGACCCUAUCACUGAAAUUAUUGCCAAUGCUGGGAAUCAGGCCCAAGUGGCACCAGCAAAUGCAACAAGGUCCUUGACAUUGGACAAAGGCAAUACUUUUGAUAGAUUUCUAAAGACUAAUCCACCGCCUUUUAUGGGGACUGAUAAGCCAUCGGAUGCUGAGGCCUGGUUGUUACAAAUGGAAAAGAUCUUUGAUGUGUUGGGUUGUUCUGAGGCCCAAAAGGUGUCUUUUGCAGCAUAUAAGCUACAGGGGGGAGCUGAGCAUUGGUGGCGGUCAGCAAAGCAACAUUACAAAGAUAAGCAAGAUGAAUUAGUUUGGAGAAAUUUCAAGAAGGACUUUGAGGAGAAGUACAUUCCUCCAGCAGUCAAAGAUAAAAUGCGAACUGAGUUUUUGGCUUUGAGGCAGGAUAAUAUGUCAGUGGCGGAGUAUCAGCAGAAGUUUGAUGAAUUGUCGAGGUUUGCAGGAGUUUUGGUAGAAAAAGAGACAGAUAAAGUGUGGUAUUUUCAAAGGGGGCUUCGGGCCGAUAUUCAUGGAAGAGUUUCUUUGCUUGACACAGAGACCUUACCAAAACUUAUGACUAGAGCCGUUACAGCAAAGAGUGACUUAUCUGAAGAAAGGAGGGUUGCAGAGAAUCAAUACAAGAGGUUUAGGCCAGGACAAAGUAGUGGGAAUGGUUUACCUGCAAAGAGGGUGCACACUUUGACUCAAACAAAUGAAGCUGGGAGGCAGCCAGGUCAUGUCUCCACCCAUUGUAGAGCUCAGGGUGAUGGAAGGAAUCAAAUACCUCAGGGUCAGAGGCAGUCAGUGCAUGGAAGUGGGCAUAAUCAGCAACGACGAUUUAAUAAUCAGGGGAAUCAUAGGCAGCAAGCUCGAAAUGGGGGUCAAGGACAGAGAAAUGUGACAGAGGGUCGUGUAUAUGCAUUGGCUCAGCAGCAGGCUAAGGAUGUGCCAUCUAUGGUGCAAGGUACUCUUUCUACUUCAAAUGUACCAGCUCGAGUUUUGUUUGAUUCUGGUUCUACCCAUUCCUUUGCUGCUCCUGGAUAUUUGUAUCAGUUACCUAUUGUUGUUGAGGCAUUAGAUGUGUGUGUUAUGGUGACUACUUUAGUAAGGAAAACAAUGAUGUUGUGUGAGGUGUCUAAGUCUUGUGAUGUGGAGAUAGAUGGUAGGAUUUUACCAAUAGACCUAAUUUCAUUGAAGAUGCAUGACUUUGAUGUUAUUCUGGGGAUGGAUUGGUUGUCGAAAUACUAUGCUGGUAUAGACUGCAAUCAGAAGAGGGUUGUAUUUGCUAUGCCAGGUCAACCAGAGUUUAGUCUGCAGGGGGAUCGGGAUGUGUCAUCGUUCAGUUUUAUUUCAUCUCUUCAGGCAAGUCGAUUGAUGAAUAAGGGUUGUUUUGGUUACUUAGCUUAUGUGGUGAGUGGGGAGGAACCUGCACAAAAAUUGGAGGAAUUGCCUAUAGUGAAAGAUUUUUCUGACAUCUUUCCAGAGGACCUGCCUUGUCUUCCUCCGGAUCGUGAGGUUGAGUUCACGAUAGAUCUUGUUCCUGGCACAACGCCUAUUUUUAAAGCUCCUUAUAGAAUGGCACCAGCAGAGUUGAGAGAAUUGCAAGUGCAGUUGCAAGAGCUAUUUGAUAAGAGAUUUAUUCGGCCUAGUGUGUCACCGUGGGGAGCUCCUGUCUUAUUCGUGAAAAAGAAGGAUGGUACUAUGCGGUUGUGCAUUGACUAUAGGGAGUUGAAUAAGGUUACAGUUAAGAAUAGAUAUCCAUUACCGCGUAUAGAUGACUUGUUUGAUCAGUUGCAAGGGGCUCAUGUGUUUUCUAAGAUUGAUUUGAGGUCUGGAUACCAUCAAUUAAAGGUGAGAGAUGUGGACAUUAUGAAAACGGCUUUUAGAACUCGUUAUGGGCAUUAUGAGUUCUUAGUGAUGCCAUUCGGUCUAACUAAUUUGCCAGCGGCAUUUAUGGAUAUGAUGAAUAGAGUUUUCAAACCUCAGCUUGAUCAUUUUGUGGUGGUAUUUAUAGAUGAUAUUUUGAUCUAUUCCAAGAGUAGGGAGGAACAUGAGGAGCAUUUGAGAAUAGUCUUUCAGAUUCUUAGAGAGAAGAAGUUGUAUGCAAAGUUUAAGAAAUGUGAGUUUUGGUUGGACAGUGUGUCUUUCCUUGGGCAUGUUAUCGGAAAGGAGGGAGUGUCUGUCGAUAGUAAGAAGGUGGAAGCUAUUGUUGAUUGGCCACGUCCGACAUCGGUGACUGAGGUGCGUAGUUUCUUGGGUCUUGCUGGAUAUUACAAGCGAUUUGUGGAAGGGUUUUCUCGCAUUGCCCUGCCACUUACCAAUCUUACUCGGAAAGGGGUGAAGUAUGAGUGGACAGACAGUUGUGAUCAUAGUUUUCAGGAACUUAAGAAGAGAUUGACUACGGCGCCUAUUCUUGCAUUGCCGACAGAUGGUGGUAACUUUGUCAUUUAUAGUGAUGCAUCUCUCCAAGGCUUGGGUUGUGUACUUAUGCAAAAUGAUAGAGUGAUAGCUUAUGCCUCUCGUCAAUUAAAGGUGCAUGAGAGAAAUUAUCCGACACAUGAUUUGGAGUUGGCAGCAGUUGUGCGAUGGCUUGAGUUGUUGAAGGAUUACGACGUUAGUAUAUUGUACCAUCCGGGAAAAGCGAAUGUAGUGGCAGAUGCAUUGAGUAGAAAAUCAUCAGGGGGUAGUUUGGCAUUUUUAACAGUUCAACCACAUUUGAUAGAGGACAUUAGAAGAUUGCAAGUAGAGGUUGUAAGACAUGGAGAUGGUGCUAUAUGCAGUCAGUUGACAGUGAAACCAAAUUUGUUGGAUAGAAUUCGAGUAGCUCAACAAGAUAACCCUUGGUGUAACAAGAUUUUGGAGGGCAUGUCGAAGGGCAAGAGUAGAGGGUUUAUUUUGGGUGAGGAUGGAAUACUUAGGUUUGGGGAUCGUGUUUGUCAAAAUCGUGCGAUCGGAUAG